CUGUGGACAAAGUUCUUAAGAGAAUCAUUUGGACUGAUGCUCAAACUCACACGAUAGAGAUGGCUGACUUUCAAGGACUUCAAAGGUACACUUUAAUAAACGACUUGUAUAAUCCCUAUGGCAUUGUUCUAUAUGAAAAUGUACUGGUGUGGACAGAUUCCCAACUUAACCAGAUAUAUCUACUGAAAGAAAAAGAUUUUUUCCAACAUGGAAAUAAAACAACAUCAGUUAGUGCUCCUGGUGUAUUGGAUGUCCGUGUCUUUAUGGAACCAGCUGGAAAAGAACUGAGUGUGUGUACUGGUGUAGAAGAUCUAUGUGACGGUGGAUUGUGCCUACCAACACCAACUGAAGCAGUCUGUGGAUGUCCAACUGGACUAAAAUUACAGGAUAAUCAAUGUCUUGUUCCAAGUGGCUGUACUGUAAAUGACGAGUUCCAAUGUGCAAAUGAUCAGUGUUUGCCAAUAGCUUGGAGAUGUGAUGGCAUGCAAGACUGUCGAGAUGGGUCUGAUGAACAAGACUGUGGUAAUAGAUGUGCUGCAAAUACAUUUCUUUGUAAUAAUGGUAAAUGUAUACCUAGUAACUGGGUUUGUGAUCAGGAUAAUGAUUGUGGAGAUUAUUCUGAUGAAUUACAAUGUAAUCUGAACUGUACAACUGAUGACUUCAAAUGCCGGAAUGAAUACUGUAUUCCAAGUUCAUGGCGAUGUGAUGGUGAUGAAGACUGCAGAGACCAUUCAGAUGAGGAUGAUUGUGAAAAUCCAUGUGGAAAUUUUGAAAUGGAAUGCCCUAAUGGUAAAUGUGUAUUAAAUGUGUGGGUGUGUGAUGGCGAGGAUGACUGCGGUGAUAACGCUGAUGAGGCAGAAUGUGAUACAACAUGUAGACACAAUGAAUUCCAGUGUGCCAAUGGUAGAUGCAUUUCAAUUAACUGGAGGUGUGACAACGAUAAUGACUGCAAUGAUAAUUCUGAUGAAGUGGAUUGUGGUAUGCUAAAAAAGCCUGUAACCUGUGGCAUUGAACAGUUCCUUUGUAAUAGUACCAUGGAGUGUAUUCCUGAAGUGUGGGUAUGUGACUAUGAAGCUGAUUGCUCACAAGGAGAAGAUGAACCAGAGUCGUGUUUACCAGCAGGCUGCAGAGAAGAUGAAUUUAACUGUACUGAGCGGUGUAUUCCUGAAUCCUGGCUUUGUGAUAGGAUAAUAGAUUGUUCUAAUGGGAUUGAUGAAUUAGAUUGCAUCCAUUCUAAGACACAUGUGAAAUCAGAAGGCUGUGACUCGUUUGAGUGUGAUAAUGGACAAUGUAUAAACUUGGAAUUGAUCUGUAAUGAUGUCGCAGAUUGUGAUGAUGAAUCUGAUGAAGGACACUUAUGUGCUAUAAACCUGUGUGAAAGGAAAGGUUGCAGUGAACUCUGUCACAUGACUCCCAAUGGUCCCAUGUGCCACUGUCAAGUUGGGCAUAGAUUACAGUCUGAUAAUAUGACAUGUGAAGAUAUAAAUGAAUGCAGUGAAUCUAUUGGUCUAUGCAGUCAACAGUGCACUAAUCUGAAAGGAUAUUAUAAAUGUUCGUGUAUGGAUGGUUAUAAACUUGAACCAGAUGAACAUACAUGUAAAGUAUCUGAUGGCGAUCCACUGUUGAUAUUUACAACUGAUCAUGAAAUAAGGGGUUACUUUCUGCAUUCUGAGGAUUACACAAGUAUACUAGAUGAAAUGAACUCUAAUGAAAAUGUAGCACUUGGAUUUGAUAUGAUUGAGGGAAGGAUCUACUGGACGGAUGUAACCAAGAAAUCUAUUUUGUCCAAUCUACACACACCUGUUAGUCUUGCUAUUGACUGGAUAAAUAGAAUGCUAUAUUGGACUGAUAGUGGUUACAGUCAUAUUGCUGUUUGUACAUUGGAAGGUCAGAUGGUUACACUGGUUAUUUCUGAUAUUGAUCAACCACAAUCUAUUAUUGUAGAUUCCAGUACUGGAUACUUGUAUUGGAGUUCAUGGGGUGAGACUGCUAAGAUUGAGAAAUCAGGAAUGGAUGGUACUCGGAGAAAUAUACUGGUGGAUACCUCGAUCACAACUCCUAAUAGGUUAACAUUAGACAGAACAUCAAAUAUGUUGUAUUUUGUGGAUACUACUCUUGAUGCUAUCAUGAAAAUAGAUACUGAAGGACAAAAUUUCAUGGUUAUUGUUACAGACCGCUUGUACAAUCCUUUUUCAAUCACCGUAUUUGAAGACCAGUUAUACUGGACAGAUCUGACGCUGGACUCUGUUGAGACAGCUGACAAGUUUACAGGAAAGGAUCAUACUACUUUAGUUUCUGGGAUACCAGGACUCGCGGCAAUAACAGUCUACCACAGUAUUCUGCAACCUGGAAGUGUGAACCCCUGUGAUUCGCAUCCAUGUAGUCACAUGUGUUUGAUUGGACCUGGUGAACAGUUCAGCUGUGCUUGCCCAAUACCUUAUCAGAUGAUGAAUGAUUCAACUACAUGUCAUGGAGUCCUUACAAGUGAACCCUUCCUUCUGUUCACUACAACUAAGGAGAUAAAGCAGGUAUCCAUGCAUGCACCAUCUGGGCAGGUUCAUCCAGUCACUAUACUAAAUAGUUUACAUAAUACCAUUGCUAUAGAUUAUCACGUGAAAUCCGAAACUGUUUAUUUUAGUGAUGUUUCUAUGGAUACUAUUAGCAAGGUAUACAUCCAUCACAAUAACAGUGAGGUUAUUUUUAAGGAAGGAUUGGAUACUGUGGAGGAUAUCGCCAUAGAUACGGUGAAUGAUAACUUGUAUUGGACGGAUUCUAGUGCUGUGAAAAUAGAAGUUGCCAGAUUAGAUGGCACUGCAAGAAAGACUUUGAUUAGUGAUGACAUCAACGAACCCAGAGGAAUUGUGGUUUAUCCCAGUAAAGGUUUAUUGUUUUUCUCUGAUUGGGGAAGCCAUGCAAAGAUAGAGAAAACCACUAUGGAUGGAGCUAUAAGGGAGAAACUUGUGACCACACAUUUAAUAUGGCCAAAUGGUCUGUGUUUAGACUUAACAGAAGAUAGACUCUAUUGGACAGAUGCUCAUACAAACACAAUUGAAACUGUGAGAUUGGAUGGUGGAGACAGAAAAGUGAUUGUGACCAACAUACCCCACCCAUUCUCUGUUGCCAUUCUUGAAAACAAGGUAUACUGGGUGGAUUUGGAAAGUAGUAAUGGAUGCGGCCUAGGUUGGUGGGUGCGGCGCGCAGCCUCGGUUGCAUUAUCAACCUGUGCACCAGAUAAGUUCCGAUGUGAAAAUGGACAUUGUUUAUCUAUUUAUUGGCUUUGUGAUGAAGAAUUUGAUUGUGAAGAUGGCUCAGAUGAAACACCAGAAGCCUGUAAUAGAAGGAGAGAACAUAACUGCAUUGGAAAAGAUUUUAUUUGUGAAAACCAGAUAUGUAUCAGAGAAUCCUUGGUUUGUGAUGGUUUUCAGGAUUGUGGUGAUGGCUCUGAUGAGAUAGACUGUGUGUAUGAAAGAACAAGUUGCAGCAAUGAGGAAUUUCUGUGUGAUGAAUAUCAUUGCUUAAGUCUAGAUAAGAUUUGUGAUAGAAUAGAAGACUGUCUUGAUGGAACAGACGAACAAGAAUGUGAUGUGAUAGUUACCUGCCCCGGUGGUCAUUACCAAUGUUCAACUGGGCAAUGUAUCUCUAGUUACUGGGUGUGUGAUGAUGAAGAAGACUGCCCAGAAGGGGAUGACGAACUUGACUGUAUGGCAGGUACAUGCAAUGAGAAGAUGUUCACUUGUCUAAAUGGUAUGUGUAUAUUUAAGGAAUGGAGAUGUGAUUAUGAUGAUGACUGUGGUGAUAAUAGUGAUGAAGAAAAGUGUGUUUACGUCUCCGAAUGUAAUGAUAAUGAGUUUAACUGUACAAAUGGUGAAUGUCUGCCCUCUCAUUGGCAUUGUGAUGGGGAAGUUGAUUGCCAAGAUUCCUCAGAUGAAUUACAUUGUGAAUUAAAACUGUGUGCAGAAGAUGAAGUAAUGUGUGCUGAUACACUGGCAUGUAUUCCCAAGCAGUGGCAUUGUGAUGGUGUACCUGAUUGCCAUGAUAGUUCUGAUGAAAAAGUUAACUGUACAACUGCAGAUGUUGCCACAUCCCUUCCCAAUUUUCUGGUUGUUGAAGACUGCACAGCUGAUCAGUACCAAUGUGCUAUCGGUAACUGCAUUGCAAGAAAUCUUCUCUGUAAUGGCAUUGAUGAAUGUGAUGAUAGCUCAGAUGAAGGACAUCAGUGUGAUUCUUCCUGUGUAUUCAACGGAGGCUGUUCACAUCUUUGUAUCCCUACGCCAAGAGGUCCUCUAUGUGGUUGUCCCAAUGGCUUAGAAUUGGGGGAAAAUGAUAAAAGUUGUGAUGAUGUGAAUGAGUGUUUAGUUUAUCCACCAGUUUGCAGUCAUAAUUGUGAUAAUAUUAAAGGUAGUUACACAUGUAGCUGUGAGGCAGGAUAUCGUCUACAUGCUGAUGAACGUGGAUGUAAAGCACAAGGGGAUGAAGCCAGAUUGAUAUUUGCCAUAGAAAAAGAACUACGUAUGCAGACUCUCGGCACAUUACACAAUUAUGCACCUUUAAAAUCAAUUAGUGAUGGUUAUGUCUGUGAUGUUGACUUUGAUUCUCUAACACAAGACGUCUACUGGACACAUUUGCAAAAGUGUAGGGUAAGUACAACCCAUUCACUGGGUGAUCCAAGGGCUAUUGCUGUGUGUCCUAGUGUAGGUCUUUUGUUUUGGAGUGACUGGGGAAUUGAACCUAAAAUUGAAAAGGCCUGGAUGGAUGGAUCCAAUCGAGAAGUAAUCAUCAAAACCAAGUUACUUUACCCCAAUGGAAUUACAAUUGAUUAUGUACAUCAAAGACUUUACUGGGUUGAUGCCGGGCUUAAUGUCAUAGAGUACGCCAAUUUUGAUGGAACAGAACGGAGGUCACUUGAUGAGCUGACAGUGCCACAUCCAUUCUCUUUAACGUUGUUUGAAGAUAGAUUGUAUUGGACAGACUGGACAAAAGGAUCCAUUGAGUCAAUCAAUAAAUUCACUGGUCAAGACUUAAAAGUGAUAGUAUCUGGUUUGCACCAUCCAAUGGGUGUUGUCGUUGCACAUAGUGUUAGACAACCACCCCCACCAACAGGUUUUAAAGGAUGUUUAAACAGUCAGUGCAGUCAUUUGUGUCUUCUUAAACCAGGUGGUUUUAGCUGUGCUUGCUCCAUUGGUUACCAGUUAUCAAAUAUGUCAGCAACUCGUUGUGAAGAAGUCGGCAUUAUAUUAUAUAGUGAGUCAGUUAUGAAGACUGCAUCAGUCUCUCCCAGUGAAAAAACUGUAGUGCCCCCUCAGGAAUCUACCGAGGAAUCUACCCAGGCAUCGACCCAGGCUGCUAUGUCCAGCGAAAAAAAAUUAUUGUCCACCUUAGCUGAUGAAGCAAUAACAGUACAACCUUCUACAUUAGAUGUAACCACAGAUCAAAUGAAAACAGUACACCAUUCCUCGUCGGAUACAUCUAUAAAGCAAAUCACUGUCGGACACAAUUCCUUGUCUGAUAUACCCACAAAGAAAACUAUCAUGGGACAUGAUACCAUUUCAGAUAUAUCCAUGAAGCAAACCACUGCAGAAUACCAUACUAAUACACCAACAAAGAAAAUCACCGCAGUACACCAGUCAGUUUCAACAACUGAACAAAGCACUGCAGAGAGUGGCGUUUCUGACGUGUAUACCACUGAAGAACUAACUGGGACGCUAAUAGAUGAGAAGAGUGACUUGAAUUUAUCUUUUCUUGUUCCUUUGUUUUGUACCAAUGAUUACUGUCUUAAUGGUGGCAAGUGUAUUGAAGAUAAACAUGGAUUAACUUGUAGUUGUAGUAAUGGUUUUAUUGGUAUAAGAUGUGAAUUAGUGGUAUUAGCUGGAGUGGAGGAGACCAUAUCUGAUACUGGAUAUAUUGCAUGGGUAACAAUUGGUCUAAUCAUUAUUUGUAUUAUACUCGCAACUUUUAUUACAAUUGCUGUGAAGUUUUACAGAAAAAGAAGACAGUUUCCCCCUUUGAUGGAUGAUGUUGUUGAGCCACAUGCUAUAUUUUUACGUUCAAGAUUUCCACAAAACGGCGAUGGAGUGAAAAAUGAGGCAUUUGAGCUUUGCUUAAAGGAAGAGAAUGCAAAUGAGCCCAAGGUAGCCUUUGAGUAUCACUCAUAUCAACAAGUACAUCAUGAAGAUAUGGAAGACAGUUCCAGCGAAGACUCUGCAUUCAGCAGUGCAUUAUUCAUUGACCACAGUAACUCAGAUAAAGGCAUAGCUGUUUAGAUAUUUACCACUUAUAUUGACCCACAAUGUACAUAAUUAUAUAUAUAGUGUCCUGUAUUGAUUAUAUAUACCUCCAAUGUGAUAUCGUCUAUAUUGUAUUGCCUGUUCUAAUUAAAGUCUCAAAAGAAAUAUA